AGCUCGUGCUCUUUCUCUGCGCAAACCCACAAAGUUCUCCGAAGGGGCUGGUUUGGUGCUUGCUUACCGACAUUCUGUGAAGGCGGUUUCAUUCUCAGUAUGUACGCGUAUGCAAAGCCAUGGCUCUACUCCUCAAUCCCCAAAACAAUAUUCUCGCACUUUUUCUCUCUGCGCAAGCCUGCAAAAUGCUCUUAAGAUUAUCACGUUUAGUUUUUCGCCAUUCUGUGAAAGCGGUCUUCCUCUUAGUGUGUACGCGAGUGCAUAGCCAUGGCUCUGCUCUUCAAUCCCCAGAACCAUAUAUCUCAGUCGAACCCAGAAAAACCCUACAUUAAUUUUCUUAGAAGGACCUCUGCUUUUGCCCAAUCUUCCCAUGUUCAGAAUCUCCAAACCCAUGUUGAGAAAUUAGCUCCAGAUCACAAACUUGUUGUCGUCGGCGGAUCCAAGCUCUCCGGUCAUGUCAACAUCAGCGGAUCCAAGAACUCUGCAUUGGCUGUCCUCGCUGGGACCCUCUGUUGCUCCGGAACUUCGAAGCUUCACAACAUGCCAAACCUGUCCGACACUAGAACAAUGGUUUCGAUUUUACGGUCUCUGGGUGUACGAGUCCAAGUAUCUAAUGGAGAAAUGACAGUAGAUACAGAUGGACUUUGCUCUUUGGAGCCAUGCUCGGACGCUGUUGGGAAGAUUCGAGCAGGGCUUUUUGUUCUGGGGCCAUUGCUUACUCGGUUCGGGGAGGCAGUUGUCGCACUUCCCGGUGGUUGCGACAUAGGAGCUCGACCUGUAGACCUGUAUAUUCGAGGACUUCGUGCACUUGGAGCCAUUAUUGAAUUGAGGAAUGGUAAAGUUCAUGCAUGUGCUGUAAACGGCGGAAAACUUGUUGGAGGAAGGUUCCAUCUCGAUUAUCCCAGUGUUGGGGCAACUGAAACUCUCAUGAUGGCAGCUUCCAUGGCUGAUGGAAUGACUGUGCUCACAAAUGUAGCCCAAGAGCCAGAGGUAGUUGAUCUUGCACACUUUCUGAUCAGAAGUGGGGCUCAUGUGGAAGGAGCUGGAAGUGGCAAGCUUGUUAUAAAUGGCAGGAAUCAAUUGCAUGGCCCUGAAUUUACCAUAAUGCCAGACCGCAUCGAGGCUGGUACAUUUAUGGUUGCUGCAGCCAUAACACGCUCACAUAUCUCAAUCUCACCUGUCAUACCUUUGCAUUUAUUGUGUCUUGUUGACAAGCUUUCAGCUGCCGGUUGCAAGAUCAUGCAAAGCACACCAAACACAUUGGAGGUUUCAGCACUUCCUGCAAAGAUUGGAGGAGAUCUUCAAGGUUUUGAUGUUAAAACAGGUCCUUUUCCUAAAUUUCCUACAGAUAUGCAGCCUCAAAUAAUGUCACUGCUUACAACUUGUAAAGGAUUAAGUAUUGUAGAGGAGUCUGUUUUUGAAAGCCGUAUGAAGCAUGUGAGGGAACUGCAGAAACUAGGAGCAAAAAUCCACCUUUACGGAAACAAUGCAUUAAUCCAUGGGAAAGAACAAGGAAGUGACUUGUCUGGAUCCCAAGUUGUUGCAACUGAUUUAAGAAGUGGAGCUUCACUGGUGUUGGCUGGAAUGGCAGCUGAAGGAAUCACGGUGAUUGAUGGUGUAACACAUAUUGAUCGGGGUUAUGAGAAUCUGGAGAUGAAGCUUCGUUGCCUAGGAGCUGAUAUCAGAAGACAUCCAUUUUCCAUUGUGACAGGUACUGGAGGAACCAUUUGAGUGCAUAUAAGCUGUACAGAGGAUUUCUACUAUGUUUCGAUAAUUAAUGGAUUUUGUGUGUAGUGCAGUUGAAAACAGACUUGUUUGAAAAGACUCUUAAAUAAUACAUAAUUAAUAUUAAGUAAUUAAAGAUAAUUAUUCA